AUGUCGAACAAAUAUAACAGAUCACUUUUAGAUCUCAAUAGAUUACUGGAAUUAAAACCAGAUGAUGCUAAAGCAUUGAGAAGUCGCGGGAAAAUCUAUGGAAUGUUGAGUAAAUAUAACGAAUCACUUUUGGAUCUCAAUAGAUCAUUAGAAAUAGAACCAGAUAAUGUUGAGGCAUUGAGUAACCGUGGAGUAACCUACAGUAUGCUAAAUAAAUAUGAAAAGUCACUUUCCGAUCUCAAUAGAUCAUUAGAAAUAGAACCAGAUAAUGCCUUUGCAUUGAGAAAUCGCGGAGAAAUUUAUAGAAUGUUGAAUAAAUAUAACGAAUCACUUUCCGAUCUUAAUAGAUCACUAGAAAUAGAACCAGAUAAUGCUUUUACAUUGAGAAAUCGUGGAGAAACUUAUUGGAUGUUGAAUAAAUAUAACGAGUCACUUUCAGAUCUCAAUAGAUCCUUAGAAAUAGAACCAGAUAAUGCUUUUGCAUUGAGAAAUCGUGGAAUAACUUAUAGGAUGUUAAAUAAAUACAACGAAUCACUUUCAGAUCUCAAUAGAUCAUUAGAAAUAGAACCAGAUAAUGUUUUUGCAUUGAUAAAUCGUGGAGAAACAUACAAGAUGUUGAAUAAAUGUAAAGAAUCCCUUUCAGAUUUUAAUAGAUCACUAGAAAUAGAACCAGAUAAUGCUUUUGCAUUGAGAAAUCGUGGAGAAACUUAUUGGAUGUUGAAUAACUAUAAAGAAUCACUUUCAGAUCUCAAUAGGUCCUUAGAAAUAAAACCAGAUAAUGCUUUUGCAUUGAGAAAUCGUGGAAUAACUUAUAGAAUGUUAAAUAAAUAUAACGAAUCACUUUCAGAUCUCAGUAGAUCGUUAGAAAUAGAACCAGAUAAUGUUUUUGCAUUGAUAAAUCGUGGGGAAACCUACAAGAUGUUGAAUAAAUAUAGAGAAUCCCUUUCAGAUCUCAAUAGAUCGCUAGAAAUAGAACCAGAUAAUGCUUUUGCAUUGAGAAAUCGCGGAGAAAUCUAUAGAAUGUUGAAUAAAUAUAAUGAAUCACUUUCAGAUCUCGAUAAAUCUUUAGAAAUAGAACCAGAUAACGUUGAGGCAUUGACUAAUCGCGGAAUAACCUACAAAAUGUUGAAUAAGUAUGGAAAAUCACUUUCAGAUCUCAAUAGAUCAUUAGAAAUAGAACAAAAUAAUGCUUUUGCAUUGAGAAAUCGCGGAAUAACCUAUAUAAUGUUAAAUAUGUACAACGAAUCGCUAUAUGAUCUCAACAAAUCAUUAGAAAUAGAACCACAUAAUGCCAUAUCAUUAAGAAUUUGCGGAGAAAUAUAUAUAUUGUUAAAGCAAUAUGGUAAAUCAAUUUCAAAUCUCAAUACAUUAUUAGAAGUAAAACCAGAUGACGCUAACGCACUGAGGAGUCGUGCAGUAGCCUAUAAAAUGUUGAAUAAAUACAAUGAAUCAAUUUCCGAUCUCAAUAGAUCAUUAGAAAUAGAACCAGAUAAUGCCUUUGCAUUGAGAAAUCGCGGAGAAAUUUAUAGAAUGUUGAAUAAAUAUAACGAAUCGCUUUUGGAUCUGAAUGGGUCAUUAGAAAUAGAACCAGAUAAUGCUGAGGCAUUGAGAAAUCGCGGAAUAACCUACAUAAUGCUUAAUAAAUAUAAGGAAUCGCUUUUAGAUCUCAAUAGGUCAUUAGAAAUAGAACCAGGUAAUGCUUUAUCAUUGAGGAAUCGCGGAGUAACCUAUAGAAUGUUAAAUAAAUAUAAGGAGUCUCUUUUUGAUUUUAAUAGAUCAUUAGAAAUAGAACCGGAUAACGCAGACACAUUAGGAAAUCGUGGAGAAACCUACAUGAUGAUAAAUAAAUAUAAUGAAUCACUUUCGGAUCUCCAUAGAUCACUAGAAAUAGAACCAAAUAAUGCUUUCACGUUGAGAAGUCGCGGAGAAACAUAUAGAAAGCUAAAUAGAUAUUAUAAAUCACUUUCAGAUCUCAACAAAUCUUUAGAAAUAGAACCAGAUAAUGCUAUCGCAUUGAGAAGCCGCGGAGUAACCUACAGGAUGCUAAAUAAAUAUAAAGAAUCACUUUCAGAUUUUAAUAGGUCAUUAGAAAUAGAACCAGGUAAUAUGUUUGCAAUAUGGAACCGUGGAAUAACUUACAAAAUGCUAAACAGAUACAAAGUAAUGGAAAUAAAACACUUUGAAUCAGAAGUUCCAAAUAUCAUCCCAUAUUCUCAGUUCAAAGACGUUGAAUUUCUAAAAGAAGGUGGUUUCGGGAAAGUAUAUAAGGCAACUUGGAUUAACAACUCGAAUGAAGUAAAAGUAGCGUUAAAAUGUUUAGACAGCUCAAAAUAUCAUCAAACUGUAGCGUUCAUAAAAGAAGUAAGGUCAUUUAUAUUAUAA